AUGCUAGUAGGACAGUGGGCUGUGAGGCAAUGCCUCACACAUCAGCAGGGCUUUGCGGAGGUUCCGUCCGGACUUCUCACUGAUCUGCUGGGCCAGCUCUGGAGGCAGGGUCAGACCCUCCUUCCUGCACACCGCCGACAGAGAGCACUGCAGGAGCACUACAGCGGCGUGCCCGUCUACGUGAUGGCCAACGGCGUCCUAGAAGACCCGGCGCGUUUCAAGGACAGUCUGAGAGUCUACUACCUCUACAACUACAUCAAUGAAGCUCUGAAAGCCUACACUCUAGAUGGCGUGAACCUGAAGGGCUACUUCGCCUACGCCCUCAACGACCAGCGAGACCCAGGCUUCGGCCUGUACGGCCACGUCCAGGACGAGCCCAUCGUCAAGGCCUCGCUGUCCCACUACCGCAACAUCAUCCAGCACCACGGCUUCCCAGAGGAGGGGCCCCGGCCCAGCAGUGCCCCAGCCAGCCCCCACCCUGCCUGGGCUGCCAAGUCCUCACCAAGAGUGUCCACCACAACCAGGAUUGUACUCGUGGGGAAGACUGGUGCUGGCAAAAGCUCCUCAGGAAACACCAUCCUGGGCAGGAAAGCUUUUAAAGACGCCAAGUCAAGCUGCUCUGUGACUAAGGAGUGUUGUAAAGAGACUGAGGUGUUGGCUCGUAGACAGGUGGUGGUUGUGGACACACCUGGCAUAUUUGAUACAGAUCUAUCUGACCAAUAUUUAGAGAUGGAGGUCAGUAAAUGCAUCAACAUGACAUCUCCAGGUCCUCAUGCAAUCAUACUGGUCAUAAACCUGGGACCUUUCACAAAGGAAGAGCAGCUUACAGUGCAUACAAUUAGGGCAUUGUUUGGUGAUAAAUCUGACACGUACAUGAUGAUCCUCUUCACUCAUGGCGAUGAGCUAGAUGAGGGCAUUGAAGACUAUUUGAAUGAGGGACAGAAAGACUUGAAGCUCCUAGUUGACCUGUGUGGUGGAAGGUACCAUGUGUUUGACAACACCAAGAUGGAUGACAGGGACCAGGUUCUAGAUCUUAUAGAGAAGAUUGACCGAAUGGUAGAAGUGAAUGGUCAAAGCUGCUACACCAAUGACAUUUCGCUUCGGAGUCACUAA